UUGAUUUGCAGCACAGCUCAUGACAACAAUCAUGAUGACAGUGAAAUGUUUGAAGAGAAACAGAGAUCAUCAGUGUGUUUAAACUGCGAAACCUUUUAAAGAUUGACUUGGAAACCUGACGGACAGGUGUUUUUAAGUGUCCAAAUACUUUUGGGGGCCUUGCAUAAGAUUCCACAACCAUCCCCGAGUGGGACUAGUUGGACAGAUACUGUGGGUUUUUCCCUAUCUUUCAAUUCAAUUCAGGACUAUAAGUAGAUUUUUAUGAGGAACACUAAUUUUGAAGCUGUACUGCCUUUCAGAUUUUUCAAGUUUAGGUCAUAAAAAGAAUUUUCCCCUGACACCCAAUUAUUUUUUGGUUAGUGGAGAAAACGCUACUGAAUUCAAAUCACAGACUUCCAAUUUUAUUAGGGGUUUUUUUUUCGAACAAUGAAUGAACUGAGGGCAAUGUGACGCUAAAUUCUCCGCUAUUUUUUCCUGCUUCACCAUGACCCAAUUCAAGAUACUAUGUCAUGCAUCACGUGUUGGGCUUUCCCCGUUCUUGCAAGGCAUUGUGGGAUACAAAUUUGGAACAGGAGAAAAAAAUGGAGGAUGUGAGUGUGCGAAUGAAACGUGAAAGACUGACUCCAGUCAAGUCAACUUUAUUGUCAAAUAUUCUAUACAUGCUCGACAUACAGCACAGAUGAAAUUUCAGUCCUCUCUGACCCACGGUGCAAACAGGCAAUGCAAAAAAUAAAAAUAGAAUAAUUGAAAAACAAACAAUAUAAACAGUAUAAACACUCUAGAUAGGAACUAGACAUAGACUAAACACUCAUAUAUACACCCACACACACACAUAUGUAAAUUGGUGCAAAUAAACAAACAGUCAAGGGCACUUGAGGUAUAGCAGGUACAGUAACGGAAAGUGAGAAGAAAAGAUGCUAUGUUGCGAAGGAAAGGAAAUGCAGGACCAAACUAAUAAAUAUCAGUGGUCAGCGAACACCUCGGCGUGAUCAGCGGUUCGUUUAGCGACAGAAUGAUGGAACUGUCAGGGCAGGGUCAAAGGUAAACCUGUAGAUGGCAGUAAUGCAAUACUGUGGAUGCUAGCUGCUGUAAAACCCAAAAGAAGUAGCAGAUAAACCUGCACAUGCGCACACGGACUUCUUCUGUCCGCUUGACUGCACGAAACGAGCGAUUUGAUGCACAUUAUUUGCUUGGGAAUCCCCUCAAAUCACUUCCCAGCCACAGAAUGGCCUCUGUUUUUUUUUUUUAAUCCCCCGCUGGCCUAAAUGCCCGAAGAGGGAUUAAGUGGUGGCGAAGUCCGUCCGUCUGUCUGUCCAUCCUUCCAUCCCAGAAAGGGUUCUCACCUUCUGAAAUCAACUCCUCUCACAAUUUUUGGAGGAAUUUCACGAAACUUGGCCAAAGGCUUUGUUAUAGGACAGUCAUGCGCAUAUUGCAAUAUAUGAGGGAAUUAAAGAAACUAAGGAACAAAGAAAAUCAGUACCACGCCCUAAGCCUGAAGACAAGGCAAAAACCGUUUUGUCUACAUCUCCUGUUACUACACCACCUACAGCCUCCGCCCUACCACCGCUGUAUAAGGGAUCGAAUAACGUUCCCGCUCCUGCAUCCACACCGGUCCCAAAACUAUAUCCAGAAAGAGGGGAAUUGUAAGGAUUUAUUAAGGCAUUAAUCUAUUUUGUCAGUAUUUUUGCUUAAAAUUCAAUUGCUAUCAUAAGAACAUUCUGCUUAUUAUUGAUAAGAAAUGUGUCUGAACAUUUUGCUUAUUAUUGAUCAGAAAUAUGUCUGGACAUUCUGCUUAUUAUUGCAUACCAUUGUGAUAACGUGUUCUGCUUUGCUGUGGAUAACCUGACCUACUCCGAGCAAGGUCUUUCUCCCACACACACACACAUACUCACACACACACACACACGCACACACACACAUGCGCGCACACACACACACACACACACACACACAUAUAAAAGUCUUCUGUUGAAAAAGUAUUCUGGGGACUUGUGAAUAAAGACUGUGAAACUAUUCUUGUUCCUGUCUUGCUUCACGAUUUGCCCCAGAGCUCUGGGUGACACGAAGGGACCGAUCUGUGAGAGGGUGAUCGCUCCAGUUGGAGCAAGAGGAAGAGACAGUGAAUCUCUGACCUAACAGUUUUGGGGGCUCAUCCGGGAUACUCCUGAUCAGGUAAGAAAUCUCUUUUAUUUUAAGGGACUUCCGCCUGGUUGGUAGUAUCCAAAAACCCAUUUAUCCCCGUGAGAGUUGCCACGGGAUGGGUCCGUAUGAGUUACCACGGAAUAAUUAGCGCACGCGUAAAAUCUAGUUUUAUCUCGAGACGGUCCUUCCGUGUCACCAUGGGGGGAAAUUGUGUUAAGGCACCCAGACCGGACCCCAAGGAAACCCAACGGGAUUGGAUGAAUCGCUGUGGUUUAGCAUUCUACACCAGUCCGUGGUUAGACGAUUUGGCCGGCUGGACUGAAUCCCAGCCUCAGUUUUUGACUUAUCCUCGUGCAGGAACUUUUAAACCAGAGUAUCUCGCCUCGGCACAUAGACAAAUAUACGAGGGAUUGGGCGACCCAGAAUGGGAUUAUGAUUAUAUGACUAAAGGCUAUUUAGAAUGGGUCAGAAUGAAACAAUAUGGGACGAUUUUCAUGGAAUUAAAAAAAUAUAUAUCCAGAUUUAAGUAACCUUUCAUGCCCUGCUGAUAGCGCUCCCAGCGCGUCUGCAUCUCUUGAGACAGGUGCUAAACCUGAGAAACCCAAGGCAGGUAAAAAACCCUCUGUAAGCUCAAAUAUGCUGGUACUAAAAAACGAGACUGACGACUCUGAUGAGGAUGACGACGAUGAUGUGGGACCAGAUAGAGGUUCCCUUCCACCGCCGCCUUCCCCCGUGAAUGCCGCUUGUGUAUGGGUUAAGAAGGGCAGGGGGCUGAAAAUCACUCCGCCUUCUGCAUCAGACCUAAAAGAUAUUAUUAAAAUGUUGUCUCCGUUAGACAGACCACUUAACUUCGUAGACAUGCUUGCAAAAAUGUCAUGACACUGCCAGCUGGUAGGAGCAGAUUACCGUUUUAUCCUUCAUGCCGUCCUAGGCGACAGUUAUGAUGAAGCUGCAUUAAUAGCUGCAGUGUCAUGUCUAGAUCCCAUAAAUGAUGAAUACGAAGUGGUUAAAACUAAGAUAGAAGUAGAUGACAGCAAAACCACCACAAAGAAUGAGUUUAAGCUCUACUGGAAGGAUACCAGUAAAGCCAUGAGGGUUACUAAUUGUAAACAGGAGAGGGCUGAACUCACUUCAAAGUUUCUGACGCAUUUCAGCGAGACGUGGACUUGUCUGGGAAAUAUGCAGUUAGAUCAGCAGCAAGCCAACCCGCUCUUUACUUCGAUAUUUUUGAAUAAUUGUCGUCCUGACAUACAGAAGGUUCUGAAAUAUCAGUUAAGUGACCGUAGCAAUAUGAUCACUACAGCCUCUCUCUCCAGCAUGCAUUCUUUCCUCAGCCAAUAUUGAGCAGAACUGUUGAUAAGUGCUCACAGACUGACCCAGUUACAGAUAUCAACAAUACAAACGAAACAACCAUCCAUGCAAGCACAGCAGAGAUGCUUCAACAAGGACACACAGCCAUCUGGGGCAGACUGCCAAGGAUAUCAACAAUCACAUGGAGAAUGUGAGCAUGUUGUUAACAAUGGGCAGCCACAGAUAUCUGCAAUGGGCAGCCACAGAUAUCUCUCUUCUUCCCCCUUUAUUUUAUGUAAUUUUAUUUUCUAUUGUUUACUCAUCAUUCUUUUGUGUUUAUGCCACAGUGUCCCUUUAAUCUACUGGGGCGUGAUCUAACGAGUCUGUUACAUUUAUCCAUUUUGUUUCAGGGGUCUAGAAUGACUAUUUGCACCCCUGACUCUCUGCCUCCCGCCUUGGCUCAUCUCUCUUCAUGGAUGACUGCCCCAAAUAUCUCUGCUGUUUGUACUGCUGCUGUAAACCCUGUUGUAUUCUCUCCUACAGAUCCUUUGAGUGCCCUCCCCUCCUCCCUCUGGGCAGAACACAAGGACAAGGUUGGCCUGGUUCACUGUGUGCCUUAUGAGGUGUUCCUGUUGAAGAGCAGACACAGCCUUUGUUUGCCUUCAUGCACAGGGGGAGGCAGUAUACUUGGACACGUUUGCCUCAAGGUUUUAUUGACUCUCCUGCUGUUUUCUCAGCCGUAGUUCAGGACGCACUCCGUGACCUCUCCCUCCCCCAGGGCUCUGUGGUCCUGCAGUACGCACACGAUCUUCUGGUAUCUGCUGAAUCACCAGAAAUCUGCCAAGACGCCUCCUUACGCCUGCUCCAACAUCUGGCGCACAAGGGCUUUAAGGUUUCCAGGACCAAGCUGCAAUAUUGCAUGGACACUGUUAAGUAUUUGGGGUUUGAACUUUCACAAGGAUGUCGUAAGCUGUCAUCUGACCGGGUGCGGGUGAUUCUGGACACAAAGCGCCCUGCAACUAAACAUGCACUGAUGGCUUUCCUGGGUCUUAUUAAUUACUGUAGACAAUGGAUCCCUGACUGCUCUUUAUAUGACAAGAUUCUCCGUUCUGCAAUCUCUCAUCAUGAUCCACUGCAGCACCCUUUGACCUGGACUGCCACUAUGAUGGACGCUUACCACUCCCUCAAAAGCGCCCUUUGUUCAGCCCCGGCCCUAGGUCUACCCGACUACUCCAAGCCCUUCCACCUCUAUGCCUGUGAACAUCAUGGCACAGCCUCUGUGGUGUUGGCCCAGGAGCAUGGGGGGGGAUGCGUCCUUGUGCGUUUUUAUCUAAAACGUUAGACACUGUUGCUCAAGGCUUACCUGCGUGUCUAAGGGCUGUCGCCGCAUGUGCUCUGAUGGUUUUAGAUGCGGAGAAAUUGGUUUUGUCUCACCCACUGAUCUUGCACUCGUCACAUCAAGUUAAACAGGUGUUGCAAAAUUUACAGACCCAACAUAUGACCGCGCAGCGCCGCUCCGGAUACGAAACCAUUCUCUGUUCUAUUAACAAUCUCGAAAUUCGUGUCACAUCCUCUUUCGAUACUGUAGGUCACGCUCUCGCACACCUCCUUAAUUCUCAGGAUGACACUCUGGAUGACACUGAUCAUGAUUGCCUGUCUGAAAUCGUACAUACUACUAGUAUCAGGUCCGACCUCUCCUCCAGCCCUCUAGGGAUGGGGGAAGUACUUUUUGUUGAUGGCUCUUGUUCUAAACCCUCAGACGGUGUUUUCCUCUGUGGUUACUCUGUGUGUUCACUGCCUGAUAUUGUGCAUGAGGCAUACGCUCUUCCUUUCUCCUCGGCUCAGGCAGCUGAGUUGUAUGCUCUCACGCGUGCCUGUAUUUUGUCUCAGGGCAAGGAUGUCACAAUCUACACAGACUCUCGUUAUGCCUUUGGUGUGGCUCAUGAUUUUGGGAAGAUUUGGCAGUCUCGAGGCUUCCAUGCCACAGAUGGGAAGCCCAUUUCUCACUCUACCUUAGUACAAAAUCUAAUUGAUUCUUGUCAUCUCCCUAGGUCACUCGCCAUAGUUAAAACUAAGGCGCAUGCCUCGGGAAACACACCUGAAAUCAUGGGUAAUUCUCUUGCCGAUCGCAUUGCAAAACUUGCUGCUGCCUCUGAUAUCAUCACGAGCGAUUGCUCUAAGACAACGAGGGAGGCUCAGCCUCCUCUAAAAAUGACGAACAUCGUGUAGGAUGAAUUGCGCUAGGCUUAUGUUAUAGCCGACCUUAUAACAUUGCUAUUUCAGAUCCAGAAUCAUAGAAAUAUAUGUGCUCAACCCAACUACAGUGCGAAAUCAUUCCGUUAUAACUUUCCCCAGUUUGCCUAAUGUGCGCGUGAGUUUUUCCCCCUCGUGACAGCGCGAUGCAGCCCAGCCUCAGUGGACUUCAAUGGCAUUUGGGAGCUAUGCACUUUCAAUAUCAAAAUGCAAGACGAUUAUUGGACAAAUACUGCGAAAACGCCCGUCCACGGAGUCUCACGGACUCCCAGCCUCAGUGGACUUCAAUGGCAUUUGGGAGCUAUGCGCUUUCAAUAUCAAAAUGCAAGACGGUUAUUCGACAAAUACUGCGAAAAUGCUCGCCCAUGGACUCCCAGCCUCACAGUGGGAGGGACAUGGCAAAGCUUUCCGCGAGGAGACUGGUGAUUGGUGAAAGCAGCCGGAUAUUUUCUUUGAUUGACAGCUCGUUUCAAAUAUAGACAGGCAGCGGUGAAUUUCAGUUCAGUCCCAUGCAGAUUCGCAAGUGCUGUGGU